AUGGCUGAAGAAUUCUUGAAGAACACGAAGGAGGAGGCGGAUCUGAACCAAUACUGGUACAGCAAGAGAACGAUCAAUGCGCUUGCAGACGAAGCAGCAGAGGCCGGAGAAAGCGUUGCGUUCCUCUCCACCCCUUCCAUCUUCUUCUCCAUGAAACCUGGGAGAAAGCGAUGGGGGCAACAGAGUAGGCAGGGAGAUGCCCUCUUUGACUAUGACCGGCAGUGGGAGAGCGAGGAAGGGUUCUGCUUCUACGACUUCAAUCACCCUGAAGGCAUCCCUCAGAGCAUGCAGGGCUGUUUCGACGCGGUCGUGGUCGACCCUCCUUUCAUCACCGAGGACGUCUGGAGAAAGUACGCAACGGCCGUUCGCUUCUGUCUUCGGCAGGGCGGGAAGGUGCUGCUGACCACGAUAGCAGAGAACUAUGAGCUCCUCCAGGAGUUGUUCGGCGACUUGAACAUAGCCAAGUUCAUGCCGUCCAUACCAACGCUCCCCUACCAGUAUCGCAUCUUCCUCAACUACAGCCCCGUCAAUCCGAUGCUGAGCGAGUGGAACGACGAGAUCCCCAGGGAAUUCGAGAGCAUGCAAGUGGCGAAGCAGGAGCGGAGGUCCAACGUCGGGGCAGACGCGCAGCUCUGCUCAGGGGGCAAGCUCUCGUUCGAGGAGCUGAUUGAGCGGGAGCUUGCAAAGGAGGCGGCAGCGAAACGGCAGUGA